AUGUCUCUCCAACUCCCUCUCCGCGCCGCCCUGCAGAACCAAUCCAAGGCCUAUGGCUUCUGGCUCACACUCCCCAGCGCCCCAGCUGCUCGUGUGAUUCUGCGAGGUGCAGCCACCUCCUCCGUUGGCGGCUUCAGCUGGGUUCUCGUGGACGCAGAGCACGGUCUGAUCACGGACCGCGAAUACUACGACCUCGCGACAGCAAUCGGCUCCGAAGGCGCCAGUCCAAUCAUUCGCGUCCCCUGGCCGGAGGAAUGGAUGAUCAAGCGGGCCCUGGACUCGGGCGCCCACGGCAUCCUGACGCCUAUGUGUCAUUCCGCCGAGGACGCCCGCAAAAUCGUCCGCUUCUGCAAGUACCCUCCCCUCGGCAGCCGCGGCUACGGGCCCAUGUAUGCGGCGCACGCGCUGCCCAAGGUCACGCCGGGAGCCCAGUACGACAACAACGCCGACAAGGAGUUGCUGGUGAUGGUGCAGAUUGAGUCGCGGUCGGGAGUGGAUAAUGUCGAGGAGAUUGCCAAGGUGGAGGGUCUGGAUGUGUUGCUCAUUGGCCCGUUCGAUCUGGCCAAGCAGAUGGGCGUCGUCCGCGGUGGCGACGAGCACGAGGCGGCUAUUCAGCGGAUUCUGAAGGCUACCAAGGCGGCUGGCAAGACCGCCGCUAUCUUCUGCACCGACGGCGCGCAGGCAAAGAUGCGCGCGGAACAAGGGUUCGACAUGGUCUCGGUUGUUACGGAUCUGGGGGGCCUGGAGGCCGGAAUGAUGCGGCAGUUGGAGGCUGCGAAGGGGGCUGGCGAGGGGGGUAGGAGAGAUGGAUACUAG